GUCCGAAGCUUGUCAGUACCCAACCCUCAAAAAAAAUAAUUUCUUCGCCAAUAACAAAAGCUUUUCCCUUGAAUCGACCUUUCUAGGACUCAGAAACUCGAGAAAAAGUAAUAAUCAAUCGAAAUGGCGCGUAACUCGGAGAAAGCCCAGUCUAUGCUGUUUCGCUUUCGCGAGGCUCAAGCUGCAGACUUAGGUAUCAUCGACGCAGGCCGAACACGGCGUCCCAAGGUUAUCACCGAAGUCGACUCGAUCCCGUCAUGUGAGAAAUGGAGAGGCCAAACACUCAAAGAAAUCAGUCGGAAAGUCUCUCGCAUCCAGGACCCGGCCCUUAGCGACUACCAGAUCCGGGACCUUAAUGAUGAGAUUAACAAGCUUAUGCGCGAGAAGCACAUGUGGGAGGUCCAGAUACGGAAUCUAGGAGGUCCCAAUUAUAUGCGUGGCGGUGGAAAGAUCUAUGACGAAACAGGCAGGGAAAUACCAGGAGGCGGGAAAGGAUAUAGAUAUUUUGGGCGUGCAAAAGAGCUACCAGGAGUCAAGGAACUAUUCGAAGCUGCUGCACAGAAAAGAAUACAGGAUUCCGAGAAGCCGCUAGAGAGCCGCGAUGAUUUGAGGAAAGCAGUUGACGCCAAGUAUUACGGAUAUGCACCCGAUGAAGAGGAUGAUGCGCUAUUACAAUACGAGGCGGAGAAGGAGCGCGAAGCUUUCGAGGCCCUUCUCAAUCAGGGAAAGGCCGAACCUCCUUCGGGAUGGGAGCCGUUACCUGGCGACGCGGGAGAUGGCAAGGGCUGGGAGCUACCUACUCUGGAGGAGGUGCAACAGGAACUUAUCGAGAGAAGAAGGCGCAAACUUCUCGACCAAAUCCAAUAGGGACCUACAUAUUUCCUCGAGUCAUUCGGAUUACUUCUCUCAACUAACACAUCGAGGAGUAGAAUCAUAAACAAGAUCACC